CUCUUGCCGGCUUCGAUGCGCGGCCCCAAGCUCCCGCUGCCGCUCGACGUCACGCCGCCGUCUGCCGAUGCGAUCGCACAAUGGAAGCGCCUUGCCUUCGAGACAAAAGACCAGUUGGUCAACCUCUCCAGACUCAAGGGAGGUCAGGUGCAAUGGAAGAAGCAAUCAGAAAAACAACGCGUGCGCGUCUAUCGCGGCGUCGACGCACAAGCACCUUUAAACUCACACACGUGGUGCGCCGUCACCGAGAUCCAAGCUACAAUCGACGAAGUGGACCAUGCCCUUCGCAGUGAUGCAACCCGAACAGGCAAAGUUGUCGAAACUGCCGAGCUCUUUGACCGAAACGUGCUCGAUGCCGCCACCGUAUACACCCUCGACAUUACUCCAGCGUCGUCGUUGGGAAUCCAGUGGCUCCUGACCCGACCGAUGGGACCGCUCUCGACUCCGCGGGACUGGUGUUUGCUGACGUACACCGUUGCAACGACUGUGCAAGGACGUCGAGGAUGGGUUCGCGCGUACACUUCCGUGGACGCGAACGGGUGCCGGCGGUCAUCGAGCAAUUGUGACGAUCCAUCCAGCCGAGAAUUUCUGCGGGGCCACCACUUCUGCAGCGGCUACGUCGUCAUGGAGUCUACGACAAAGCCAGGGUUCCUUCACGUUCGUCUGACGAUUCAAUGCACAUUUCAUGGCAAAGAUGCUGCCUCAAUCAAGGCGCUCCAUGCCAAGUGCCAGCACUUGAGUGCGUUGGACGUCAAGCUGCGGUCGAUGCGGCUAAGUCGCGCCGCGGUUCGCGGAAUGAAGAACGCGCCAACCCAUGCGUCGAGUCCCCGCGAGUGCUGCCGCUGUAAAAAGGCGUUCGGUUUGUUUACGUUGAAAGCGCAGUGCCACGCAUGCAAUCAGACGUACUGCCGUCCGUGCUGUCCGCAGUGGCCGAUCGUGAUGGCCAACGGCGCAGUGGCGAACGUCCGCGCGUGCAUCGACUGCUCGUUAAUGACCAGCUCCAAACCACGACUGUCGUUCCAUGCGAGCACUGAAGUGGAUGUCGUCGAGGCUGAGCCAGCAGAGACCGACGACGCCAUGGCCGCGCAUGAAGCGUUCUUCAAAGACAUCAAACAGCGAUGCUCAGUCGUACUGACGGAUGUUGAGCCGCACACACGCGUGAGCAAAGCCGACGCCGGGUCGUUGUGGCCACAGCCCCAACCUGGCCAACCAAACCAGUUUCAAAGGAUGUCUCCGUUUCAAUUGUCUCCGUACGAAUUGCCGCCCCCAGUCCACCAGGGCAGCCACAGCGCCAAGACAAGGCGAUCAUCACUGCACAACCAUCGAGAUACGAGACGGUAUAGCUUCUUCGAUGUCGGAAGCACCGACGCUUCCAUGCGUCCCGCCACCCGAUCCCUCCUCGAGGACGACGACCUUGCCCGCCAGAUAUACCAAAACCGACAGAGUGUCCUUCAAAUUAUUUAAAUUCUUUCCCA